AUGAAACAAAGAAAAAGCCAGGGGCCUGGAGGCGGCCGUGGCCGCAAGAAGAGAGGUUUGAGUGACAUUUCACCAUCUACAAGCCUACCACCUCUGGUUGAAGGCCAGCUACGAUGCUUUCUAAAACUUACCAUUAACAAAGUCAUAUGGAAGAUUGCAAAGCCUCCCACUUGUGUACUUGUCCGAGUGAGAUGGUGGGGAGAAACAUCAGACGGGACCCUCUUUUGUCCUAGGGAUGCUUUACAGACUGAACCAAAAGCUGUGCGAACAACUACGCGCUAUGCUAUUCGCUGUGGUCCAAAGCAGUUUACCUCCUAUCUCACAGAUAUGGCUGUGCUGGUGCUGGAAGUAAUCACCAAACUUGACCAUCUUCCAGUUGGUAGAGUUCAGAUCAGUGGACUAGCCCAGCUUUCUCCAACCAAUCAAAUCAGUGGAUUUUUUACCAUUAUUUCACCAACAUCUAAGAGACUUGGAGAACUUCAGGUCUCACUUGCCCUGGAACCAUUGUCAGAAACUUAUGACAGCUACAAUCCUCUUCCUACCACUGACAUGACAGAAAACAUGCUCUUAUCUGAGCAGGGAUUCAGAGAGAAUUUUGAACCGAAAAGUACUCAAUUUCUGGUUCCACCCAGGCCACAUAUGACUUCUUUCACCAAAACUGAUGGAAAAGAGUUAGCAACCAUCAGUAGGCCAACUACACCAAGGAGAAAGGACCGCUCAUAUUUUGAAGAUAAUUCUGAUAAUAAAAUAAAACACUCUUUCUCUGGACAGCAACACCAUCUUAACCCAGGACAGAGUUUAGAAUCUAUAAUUCUGAAAGGUGAACCAUCACGAAAACAGAUGUCUCUUCUCAACAGUUCUGAAUUCCAACCUCAAACUAGGACAGUUGACAAGAGUCAUAAUGACUCAUGCAUUCUUUUUUCAAACAACCCUCCUACCAAGGACCUUCUUUCAGCUCUCUUAGAACAAGGCAAUAAACUCCGUAAUGCCAUGGUGGUUUCUGCAAUGAAAUCAAGCCCAGAUACUAGCAUGUUGUUGGAUGAAGUUCAUCCUCUUAUGAAGGAAGAUUCUUUUAGAGCACCAACACAAUUCAAAACCUUGCCUAGGAAUCAUCUUACAGACCACGUUGGAGAUCACCUUCUUCAUCCAGAUGAACAACAUAAAUUUUGGGAACAUGACUCCAAAGCUGAUACUCGAUCUAUCCAGCUGCUAUUAGGCAGUGAUAAGCUGUCUCAAGGUCAUUACUGGAAUGGGCUCGGCUCUCCUCCAGAUUCCCCAUCUCCUGGGAGUGAUGUGUACUGCAGUAGUGAGCUGAAUGACCCUCAGUAUGACCAGAGUCUCCUGGAGAAUUUAUUUUAUAUAAUACCUAAAUCUGAUAGCAGCAUUAGUAAUUCCCCCAAUGAGGAUGAUGAUCUUCUCCCUUCUAAAAAAAUGAGCCAAUCAAAAGAUCUUGCCAAAUCACCUAAGCUUCUGGACUCAGACAAUCAUAAGCUGAAGAAGAAGGAAACAGAGAAGAAAAAUAGAAACUUGAUUGAACAACAGAUGCUCUCCAAAACUCCAGAAGAUGCUCAAACGAUGGCAUUAACUGUGGAAAGACUAGCCCUUCUGGGUAGAACUCACUCUGUCAGAAUCAUCAUUGAAACAAUGGGAGUUCCUCCAGAUAGUCCUCAGAUGACACUUGGGAAAAAAAAUUUUCCUGGUAGACCACCUAGACAGACAACUAAUUUAACAAAAAAGCGCACAUUCUUUGUGGAAUAUCACUUUCCUGUGGGAUUUUCCAAAAGUGAAUUGGAAAAGACAGCUUUAAUCACCGAGGUUGUUCGACUUGCCUCUAGUAAAAUUGUGGAUGGAAUGGUAAAGUUCCAGCAGCGAUUUGUUUUUCCGGUGCAUUUUGGAGGCGCAAUGAUAGAACACUGGUGGAAUUCCAACCUCACUUUCCAAAUUUACACAAAGAAAAGUCCACAGAAAAAGCCAGAAGUAAUUGGAUGUGCAUUACUCCCCUUGCGAUUGGUCAUUCAGUCAGAGCUUCUUUCUUUCAGUGACCAACUUCCAGUGAAACAGGAAAAUAGUCAGACUCUACUUGGCCCCCUCAAGGUCACUGUGGAGCUUGUUAUAGAUAACAAAGAUUUCAGUGGUGUUAGUAAUAAGUUGAGUGGCAAUACUCAAUACACCUCAUUUUGUGCUCUUACAAGUCAAGAUAAGAUACUACCAGAAGCCAACCAACAUGUUACUAUGGCCAGAAAUCUACAAUCCCUAAGUGAAAUUCAUGAGGAAACUACAAAGAAAGAACAGAAUUUGUUACUCUCUCAUCCAAAGCUGCCAAGCCCUGUAUUGCCAAAUCCUUCAACUGUCGUGGCUCCGCCAGCCUCUCAGAAUUUAGGACAUCUGACUAGUGAGUCAGCAAAAGAGAGUGCUUUGUUAUUGCAUAUGCUGUUAAUGGUGCCAGACGGGAAAGAUUUCAUUACUGGAGAAUCUGAAAAACAACCUCCAUGCAAUGUUUAUCUAAAUUUUAAACUCUUCAGCACAGAGGAAGUGACCAGAUCUGUCAUCGCCUGGGGCACACCACAACCAAUCUUUAAUUUUUCUCAGGUGAUUCCUGUCUCUCUGUCUUCCAAAUACCUGGAAAGACUUAAAAACAAUGUGAUGAUAAUUGAAACUUGGAAUAAGGUGCGGAGCCCAGGACAAGACAGGCUGCUCGGGCUAGUGAAACUCCCCCUCCAUCAGUUUUACAUAUCAUUCAAAGAUCCCAAGAUUUCUCACCUGCUGCUUGAGGCUCAGUACCCAGUUGUCGCAGUGGACAACUACAUGCCUGUGAUUGAUGUGUUCUCAGGUCACCAAAACGGGAGUCUUCGAGUCUUUUUAGCUAUGGGUUCUUCAGAGCAGAUACUGUCGUUUCAGAGAUUAAAGAAUGAAGAAGGAACACUCCCGCCCUUCAGCCCUAGACCAGUUCAUUUCCUGGAUCAACCAUCUAAAGCUUCUGUUGCUAAGGCAGAGGACCAGGGAAGUGGAAUGGUGGAGCACCACUUUGAGUUCCAUGUAGAGAAGGUUAAAGGAUUAGCCCCUCUUCAAGCAACAGUCUGGGGAGAAGCAGACUGUUAUGUCCAAUACUACUUUCCAGCUCAAGAAUCUAAUAAAUCUAGUAUGCUAGGAGGAUCUCAGGUCUUUGAAAAUGGAAUUACUCUGAAGCCCUUCAGAUCUGCAACCACACUGUGUGUUCCAGAUCCCAUCUUUAAUAGUGAGCACCAUCACUCACUCGUGUUGCCUGCUGAAGUUCCAGUGCAAAGGCUUUUACUCAGUGCCUUCUCUUCCCAGGGGCUUGUACCUGGAGGUGGAGUCCAGUUUGAAAUCUGGUGCAGAUAUUAUUAUCCUAAUGUGAGAGAACAGAUGGUUGCUAAAGGAACCUUGCCAUUAUCAAGGAUCUGUGCCAUGGUAACCAUGCAGCAUCGUGAAGAUAUGGGAAUACAGACCUUUAAUCUCACUUUAACCCCAAGCCUUGACAACAGGAAAGAAUUGAAGAACCAAUCAUCAGGUUUACUGGAUGUGGGUCUGAGAUACAGACGUACUACAAGGACAGCAGAGGGCGUACUUGCUGCCCGAACUGUCUCCGUCUCAGUGCAGAUUAUCAGAGCGUGUGGUCUGCAAGCGGCAGCUAAGGCUUUGGCCGAAAAGGAACCCACCCUUCAGUUCAGUGCCACAUUUGGAGUCAACACCUUUGUCACCACUCAUCUGUCUUUCCUGCCAAGGGAAGAACAGCGCCAUACCCACCCUGUGGCUUGUUCUUUUUGCCCUGAAUUCUCCCACCACACUGAGUUCUCAUGUAACUUGGUGACUCAGCACAGCAGUGGAGAGGCCUGUUUCCUGGCAGAGCUGCUGGAAUUUGCAGAAGUUACUUUUGCUAUUUAUCAUAAAGAUACCAAGUCAGCCAGUGACAUGGCCAGUCUCCUGACAACCAGAGAUUAUUUGCUUGGAGUAGUAAAGGUUCCAACGAAAGAGCUACUAAUCAAGAGAUCUGGCAUCACAGGGUGGUAUCCUGUCAUUUUCCCAGUAGAUGAAGUCCUGGCUCAUAGCUUGGAGCUAAUGCAGAAGAUUGUGGGUGGUCUGGAGGUCUCUGUUUCCUUUACCCAUUCUGGAGAUAGAGAGCGGGUGCUGGAAGCUGCUGAGCUGUUGGGCUGGAGUUGUGAUGGCAUCCUGAAGGAUCUUGUCAGUUUGGAUAAAGAGGAGCCAGCCACUGUCACCAUUUCCACCCCAAGGCUCUGGCUGCCUACCCAUUGUGUGCUGCUUGCCGGCCAGAAGCAUAUUCAUAAGAAUAUUUACUGCUACCUUCGCUACAAGCUGUAUGAUCACGAAGCUUUUUGGACCCCUCUUAGGAAACCUAAGGAAUCUCCAGACAAAAACCAGGUCAUGGUUACUUUCAAGGCAUUCAAAAGAGCCAAAGUCAGCAGGGGUCCAUCCCUGCUGUGGUACUUAAGGGAGGAGAAGCUAGAGAUCCAGGUGUGGCGGGCUUAUGGCAAUGACAGCGUGGAGAGACCCCACCAGACAGACAGCUGGAUCGGAUCAGCCUUUGUGGACCUAACAAGGCUUGGCGAGAGGUCAGCGAGCACACUAACUGUCAGUGGUGUAUAUCCUCUGUUUGGACGGAAUGCUUCCAACCUCUCAGGAGCUGCCUUGCGAGUUCAUGUGAUUCUUUCCUCUCUUUCUCCACAUCCUGAGCUCACUUGUGAGGUGGAUUCCAUGGACUGCAGCAGCCACAGUGAGGCUGAGGAGCUGCCUAAAAGGGACGAGAUACAGCCUUCUCCCCAACGGAAUGACCAAAAGUCCCCAAACCCCUGCAGUAGCACUAUGGCUGAAGUUAUUUCAGCCCAGAAAGACUCUUCUGAGUUGGAUGGAACUUUUGCAGUCAAUAUUCUUGUAGAAAGAGCAAUGCACUUGAGCUUGAAAGGAAUCCCCUUGACAGAGCAGAAAGUAACAGUACCCAGUUCUUGUGUAUCCUUCGUGACAGCUGAUGUGCCAUCUUCUAUAUACACCCAUGUGGUUGAAAACACAGGUUCCCCCAUCUGGAAUUUUCAACAGCAAUCACGGUUAUCAAAAGAGCUUCUUCUGGACCCACAACAGACUCUGGUCUUCAAAGUUUGGCAUAAAGGAGAUGAAGAAAGGGUGAUUGGCUUUGCCUCAGUGGACCUCUCACCACUUCUCUCUGGCUUCCAGUUUGUCUGUGGCUGGUACAACAUAACAGACUUCAGUGGACAGUGCCAGGGGCAGAUCAAAGUUGCCAUCUCUCCUUUGGAGAAUUUGAUCCAUUUUAAAAAAGAGAGACAAGCAAGACGUGGAGUGGAAACCCCAACAUCACUGAUUCCAAAGUACCCCUUUUCCUUCCUUGCCUCUGAUAUGUAUGCUACACUCCCCAGCUAUAUUACAAGACAGACUCCAGACUCGCUUGCUCACACUACUUCAAAUGAGCUUCCUGCUUCAUCUCCUGCGAGAAGCAGUACCUCAAAGAGCCAGGCAUCACGUCAUGAAGAGCAUGUGCAGAAUAUCCGUCGAUUUCAUGAAUCCCUGCACCGGGGAGAUGCAAUCUUACCAAACGAUGGCAGAGAGCCUGUGUUGCCCUUGUCCUCCAAAACCUCCCUUCUGACUUCUCUCAGGAAGAAUCUGAGUGAGCUAGAUCAGAUCCAACAAUACUUCAGCCAGAAGCUCAACAAGCCUUUCCUACCCCACAGUAUUCAGACUCAUACCACCAUCUUGCAGGACCAGCAGAGCUGUAGGGACCAAUCUGAGCCAGAAGCCAGCAACCUAGACUCUGAGACUCAGUGCAUCUUGGAGAAAUCUAAUAACCUGGUGUUACAAGUCAGCUCUUUAAUCACAGAUCUGCAGACUAUCACCAGGAAUUGCCAAGCAUCUUUGAAUUCUCACCAAACAAGAAGUAGAAGGAGAGAAGAAACCACCCUCCCAGAUGCUCAAGACUCAGAGGCCGUACAAGAAGGAAGCAGACCUGCAGACCAACCAUUGGUAAGAGAUCCAGACGAGCGCACAAACUCCCCACCUCCUCCUGUUCUUGAAGAGACUUCAAGUAGAAAAGGAAUACUCCAUGAGUGUCUGGGACAUGCUGCACUCAAAAAUGAUACCCCGUCGUUGAUGUUGACGAGGAUGCAGAGCGAUGAGGACACUGAGGCAGGCCUGGUCUAUAGUGAUGAGGACUAUGAAGAAGAUAUCAUUGAGCCCAGGACUCUAAAUGAGAUCACCACUGUGACAGACAAAACUAGCCCGUGGUCCAGUUUUGUGUCAGAUACAAGUAAGAUCAUGAGUCUUCAGCCUGAUGAGGUACAGCGAGAAAGUGACUCAUAUCCUUCAGAGCCUCCCUCUAGGGAGGAGCACCAGGCCAGACAUAACUUUCUCUCCAGCCCAAGAAGGGCUGUUAACUCCCACCUGCCUAGACAAGAUUCUGCUAGCCCGGUCCAUGUUCCUUUUGAGGUUGCAACCUCCAAGGCCAUGAUAAGAGAGCCUGCCUCAGCAAACCCUCGGCUCAUCCGACACCUGACACAUUCAUGCGCCCAGCAGAGCACGAGCUCUCCUGGAUGGGGUUUAUCAGUGGCAGGAAAGGAAAAGGAGUCUCAGCCAGCACCUGAGGCUGAGAAUGAGGCUACCUGCAGUGAGCUCAGUGACUCUACUGAAAGCUUUGAGAAACUCUCCAUCCACCCACCGGCCCAGACCAGAAGAGAAAACCACACAGGGGUGCCCACUGACUGCCCUUACAUCAAGGAGAAGCUAGUGACAACUGAAUCAGAGGUUUCAAGGCCACAUCUCCUUCUCCCAGAGCCUGUUGUCGUGCCCAACUUCUUUUUGCCUCACCAGCAGUUGGAGGCUUCCCUGAGGAUGCUCUCACUCUCUGCAGCUUUGCCCCCACCAACCACAGCAGAUCAGGACAAGAGCGAGACCACCAGUGAAGCCCUGUCCCGAAGGCCCUGUCGCCCCAGGCCUAACUUGCUUCCCUCUAAUCUGCCUGAAGAAGAAACACGCAGGAUCGCACGGAUAUUUUCCUCCCAGUACUCUCAGAAAGACUGA